AUGGACCAUAUGAAACGACAAUUAAGUUUUAAUCAAUUAUCUGAAGAAAAUACAAAGAAAUUACGAAAUGAGUUGUUGGAUGAAUUAAGAGUUUCUUCUAUUGAAAAUUUAUCGAAUGAAUUAUUCCAUGAAAUAUUCGAUUAUCUUGAUGGUAUUGACAUAUAUGAAGCAUUUUCAAAUAUUAAUUAUCGUUUUCAGCAACUUCUUACAUCUUCACCUGUUCGAUAUAAAAUUGAACUCAUUUAUAUAAGUUCGACAGAAAGAUUUAUGUUUAUUUGUCAACAAAUUAAACAUCAAAUAUAUUCCAUUAAUUUUCAAAUACCAGCCCAUAUUGAUCAAUUAUUAACAUCGUUUAUUAUCGAUUCUUCAUUGAAUCGUCUUCAAUCACUUGUUAUUGAAGAUAUUCAGUCAGAUACAAUUCUUUCAUUUCUUAUUGCUUUAAAAUGUUUACCACGACUUUUCUCAUUGGAUAUCAGAACAAUGCAUAUCAUGGGAAAUCUAAAUGACAUUUAUCGAUCAAUUUUUGCAUUACCAACAUUAAAAUAUAACAAACUCCAUUUAUAUGGAAAUGAAUGUUCAAUUUCAAUUCCAUUGGCUACUGGAAUACAAUUUAGUACUAUUGAAUAUCUUGAAAUUGCUCAUUAUUAUGCAUUCGAUGAACUUUCUGAUUUAAUUUCUUAUACACCAAAACUUCGUCGUCUUAAUCUUUCACAUAUAAAUCAAGAUGAUUCAACUAUUGAAACAAUGUCACCAAUUAAUUUAGAAAAUUUGACAUCCAUUUCAAUGUAUACAAAUCACAUUAAUUUUGAUGAAUUUGAAACAUUUAUUCAGAAUAUAUACUCGGAAUUAAAAACUUUACAUGUCACUUUCUCAUGUCAGGAUAUAACUUUUCUUGAUGCUUAUCGAUGGGAAAAAUUAAUUUUACAAUAUUUAUCUGAGUUGAAAAAAUUUUCUUUAAAAUAUUAUGAAAAUGGACAUUCAAAGUAUUCUGGAGAACGAACUCAAUUUAAUUCAUCAUUUUGGAUUGAACGAAAAUUAAUAAUGAAUAUGGAGAUCAAUGAAUAUAAAAUUCUUUAUUUAGUUUCUUCAUACAGGAAAAGAUGGUAUGAAUAUAAGAAUUGUACUGUUGAUUAUUUAGAAUCUACUCAAUUAACUAUUAACUACGUUUUUGAUGGUGAACCUGCUGAUUGCUUAUUCAUGUAUAUUAAAAAUCUUAUUACAUUAAAAAUUAAUUCUUUAUCAUUUUAUCGAUCAUUUUUCAAAGAAGAAUUUCCUACAACGUGUUCAAUAGAACAUGCAAGUAAAAUUAAAAAAGUUUAUAUAGAGAAUACGCAAACAAUUGAAGAAAUUUAUUUUCUUCUUUAUAUUUGUCCUCAUAUGGAAUUUCUUAAUCUUCAAUGUCUUCAUGGUACGACUAUUGAAUUAUUUCUACGAGAUAUUUGGAACAAAAUUAAUAAAGAUCUGCGUUUAUUGUGUAUUUAUGUUGCAAAAGCAGAUGAUAAUAUGAUUAAACGAUUAAGCACAAUGAUUGAUAAUGAAAAACUUUUAUCAAAUUAUACAAUUCAUCGUGAGCUUAAUAAUAUCUAUUUGCAAUGGAAGUGA